AUGAUGACGGACCGCACACUUCCGGUCCGGUUGUCAACAGAGAAGCAGCACGCGUGUCUUCAAACAGUCAACAUGCCUAAAGCUCAGAGAGGAAACGGAAAAGCUCCGGAGAAAGUUGUUCACCCGUACAGCAGGAAAGCUGCUUAUCUGGCGCGAGAGGAAAUCAGACUGAAAAGGAAAGAAAGGCAGAAAAAUGACAAAGCAACUCGCCUGAGCAACAUCGGUGAGAAGCUGUUGUGGUUUCAGGGGCAGUUGGAUCCAGAAAAGACGACCUACACCAAAAAAGACGCCUGUGACAUCGUUGAAAGGUACCUUCACAGGUUUGAUUCUGAACUCGAGCAGAUUGAGCUGAUGAACGGGAUCAAAGGUCGGCAGGGUCGUCUCCAUGGCGCCAGAGAGGCUGUCAUCAAACAGACCAUCGAGAGGGAGCGAGCGCAGUACGAGGGCGUCGGCUUUGAGAUCCCAGACAUCAUUAAUGCAAAACAUCUGAAAACAUUCAGGGAGUGGACUGGUGAUCUGAAGAAACUUCCAAAUAUCAAACUGCGGAAGGUGUCUAACAAAAGUCUGGACACAAAGAAUGAAGAGGAGAAGCAUGACGACAAAGAAGACGAGGAGAAGCAUGACGACUUGGAAGAUUACAAUGAGGAUGAUGAUGAUGACUUGGAUGAUGAGCAGCUGGAUGACAUGGUGCUGAUGUCGGACUGAAACUCUUCACACCUGCGUCAGUAUCAAAGACUGUGGAGCUGAGCUCAGACGGCCUUCAGCAAAGACUUCUUAUUGAAAAAGUGUGUUUUUGUGUGUGUGUAUGUGUGUGUGUGUGUGGGCAAAAGGCUGCUGCUUCACGACUGUCCAGAAGAUGGUGUCAGACUCUCAAAAUGGAAAGCUAAAAUUUUCUGCCCUCCGUCAAAGUCUUCUUGGUGCUCAGUGACUUCACACCAGCCUGUGAGGGGUUCUACAUUCAUUGUUUAUUGCACAAACAAAUAUGAAUAGUGUGUAACCUGAAUACUCCAUUUUAUCCAAUCAGAGAUAGAAAAAAGGUUUUGACAGAGAUGUUGAGUGCUUUAAUGUCGUGGUGGCUAUAAGACACAGAGAAAAUGUUGCUUUCUGUGACGUGACAGCGACACUGAUUAAAAAACCAAAUUAAACCUGUAGAAAAGUG